AUGGAUAGUUAUUAUAUUUUCCAAAAUGUGAAAAAAUCUCCAAAUUCUUAUAAUGAAAAAUAUGACAAAAUUAAAAAUAUUAACGAUGUUAAUACUCUAGAAAAUAUAAAUAUAGGGGAGACAUGUAUUAACCCAAAAUAUAAUUAUUUACCUGAAUUGGAUAUAUUUGAUAAUAGUAAUACUCAAAAAAAACAUUCAACACACUUUCUUAAUAAUAUAAAAAAUAAAAAUAAAUUGACAAAGGAAUCAAACCAAUUUACACAUUGUUCAUAUAAUACAAAUUCUUCUAUCACAUAUGACACUAAUUUGUAUGGUAACAAUUUUAUUCUAAAUAAUCGUUGUUCCUAUAUAAAAGCAAAAUAUUUCAAAGGAAAUAAUUAUAAUAUUAAUAACAUUGCAGAAGAAAAACAAGAAAAAAAAGCAAAUACAAUUAUGCUUAAUUUAGACAAAUUUAAUAAUAAACAUAAAAUAAAAAACGAUAAUGAUACUAAACAAAUAGACACAUGUAUCAUGAUAAAAAAAAAUUAUACAAGUAAUUCUUUAAAAAUAAAUAAAGAUAUGAAAAGUGAGGUUUUAGAAAAAUGUACUAGUUACACACAGCCUAAUAUUUUAUCUAACUGUAAAUUUGAUAAUAAAAGUGAUAUUAUUAAAAUGGAUAAAUAUAAAAAUAAUUUGAUAAAUGUAUAUGAUAAUGAAAAUAGUGAAUCUAACUUUGAAACUAACAAAUUUUAUGAUGAUGAAAUGCAAAGUUUGGAAGAAAAUAGUAAUUGUCUAUCAGUUUGUUUACUAAAAGAUAAUGAAGAAAUAAACGAAGAGGAAAACAUAUAUUUAAGAAAUAGUAUGUCUCGAUUAAUAAAAAAAUAUGUUUUAAUAAAUACAAAAAAAGAGUUAUCAAGUUAUGAAAUAGAAAAUAAUAUAUUUAUAAAAUUUAUUAUGUCUGAAAUAAAUAUAAACAUAAAGGUGUAUAAACUAUUUAUAAUUUUGAUAGUAUUCAUAUUAUUAUCAUUAUCUAAAAAUAUCCAAAGCUAUGCAGUUGUUACUAGGAAAUGCUAUAAUAUAUAUGAAAGUCCAUUUAAAUCUACAAAAAGAUUAUUAAAAUAUAUGAUUAUUGUUUUAAAAAUUUUAUAUAAAUGUAUUUUACCAAUUUUUUCAUAUAUAUUAUCAUAUAUAUUUGGUGCUAUUAUAAAAAUAUUUAUUAUUUUAAAUAUUCCUAUAUGUAUUUUCAUAUUAUAUUGGAAAUUUAUUCUAAAAAAUGAAGGAUCAAAUAUAAAAUUUUAUUUUCAAAUAUGUUUUAAAAUAUAUAUGUAUAUUAUUAUGCAGGUUGCACACAUUUUUAAAAAUUAUACACAAACAAAAUUAUUGACUGAUUUAUUGUCCUUAUCAUACAAAAUUUAUCAGCUUAUUUUUAUUUACAUUUGUAGAUUUUUUAUAAAAUUUUAUAAUGACAUCCUUUAG